AUGAGAAAGGGAAGAGCUGUGUACAGAAACCCAUUUCCUCAUUACAUGGUAUACGAUUACUGCCAGAUUUUUUGUUGUUUUGGGUUCACUGGAAAAAAUUCAGGAACUCAGCGAACGUCGACGUCCAUUGAAUGUAAUUACGGGUUUAACGAAGAGCGAGCCGAGUCUCGGCUUUGGCGUUUCUGCAAGCAGUCAAAUGCGUUGCCCGUCGACAGGCUGGUAAUGGCGAAGCAUCUAUGCGAAGCGGUUCGCCUCGUGCCCUCAGAAGUUGCCGAUGAAGUGCAGCGCAGAAUGGAUAUUCAGACGCUUCGCGAAAAUGUGUGCAGUGGCUUCAAUGUACCAAUCUCCUCUACUGUUGGCCGACAGAUCUACUUUCCGUGCUACGCCAGCGCACGUGAUAUUCAUCAUUUCUCUUAUUGCCUACCUAACGACAUGUUUUACAACGUUGAUCUCAAGAACACCUACUUCGAACGACUGCCAGGCGUCAAGCGCAAGCCGCGCAACACUGGCACAGACCUUAGUGUGCACAGAUACUUUUUCACUAGGGCAGAGUUGAGGUACAACAUUAUGCUUCGAAAGUGCCGUGGGCUAAGCUUUAGAACACGCAAACUGCUGUUGCAGUGUCGACCGUUUGAUAUACCAGUUGAAUAUGCGUAA